UUCUAAACAGUAUGGAAUUAGAUGCCCAAAACUAAAAUUAAUAACUUACAACGCUAAACUCAGAUUCUACCAUAAAUUAGAUAAAAUAGCAAAAACGAAUCGUUGCUAUUUAUAAUGCACAUGAAUACGUAAUUAUGCUAAAAAGGCAAAUAUUCUUAGAGGAACUCAAAAUUCUGUGUUUGUUUCUGGAGGGAACAUAUCUCAGUAUGGACAUAUUCCAAGUCAAUUCAGGCUUAGAUACUUCCGGAUUUGUACCGUAGGAUUGAGCAUAUUUGUUUCUGUUAUGGCAGCUGAUCUGCUAACCUGGUGUGUGAAAGAGCUGGAGAAACGGUUCGGGCUAAGCGAUAGCGAAGAUGUAGUCCAGUACAUCCUCUCAAUUGAUUCAGAGGAGGAGAUUGAAGACUAUAUGAAUGACCUUAUCCAGGGCUCUGAGGAGAGAAAGAAUCUCUUUGUCAAGGAGCUGAAGAUUCGGUGGCAGAGGGCUCGGCACCAUCCCAGCCCUCACUUAGCUCCAACAUUAUGUAAGAAAGAAGAUGUUGUACCCGCUCAGCAUUUGUCAGGAGAGCAAAGUAAAAGAGGGAGACGUAAAGGAAGAAACAAGCUGGAGUCUCUUCCAGCUUAUGGGGCAGCUGACAGUGUCACUGAGGAAGUCAAGACACCUAUGGACUUAGCAAAGGCACAGGAAACUAGCAGCCUUUCAUCCUCCAAGAAGAAGCAAAAGUUUGUUAACUUGUAUACAAAAGAGGGUCAGGACAAACUGACGGUGCUGAUCCCCGGACGCCACCCGUGUGAUUGCCUUGCUCAGAGGCAUCAGCUCAUUAACAACUGCUUGACAUGUGGGCGCAUUGUUUGUGAGCAGGAAGGGUCUGGUCCCUGCCUCUUCUGUGGGAGUCUGGUUUGUACAAAUGAAGAACAGGAUAUUCUGCUGCGUGAUUCAAAUAAAAGCCAGAAACUGCGCAAGAAGCUCUUUGCAGGCUCUGAGAACUCUUUAAAGACAGAGGGUUCAAUGAUGGAUAUUCUUCCUCGACAGAAUGCAAGGUUAAAGGAAGGUUUAGAGAAAGCAAAGCAACAUCGUGACAAGCUCCUGGAGUAUGACAAGACAAGUGUUCGGCGUACUCAUGUGAUUGAUGAUGAAUCAGAUUACUUCUCUACGGACUCAAACCAGUGGCUUUCUCAAGCAGAGCGUGAGACUCUUCGUAUUAAGGAGCAGGAACUGCUGGAAUUGCGCCAUGCAUCUCGUCUCAGCCGGAAGGUCACCAUUGAUUUUGCUGGGCGAAAAAUUCUGGAUGAGGGCGAUGAUCUGUCAGCCUACCAUAAAAGGCUGGAUGAGGCUAUCCAUUCUGUUCAAUCAGGGACUGUGGUGAAGCCAUCCAUGACAUCGGGAGAGAGAUCCCAGGAUUUUCAUUUGGUGAACCCCAGCCUGGUGCUACCCCCUCCAGUGUGGGUGGAUCAAACCAAUGCUCAUACACACAACAGGAGAGCUCCCCUACAGGAUACAGAGGAAUGCACAGAGCGGAAUCGACUGAGGAUACAGGACCGGGAGCUUCAGGAGAUCAGUGACCAAGGAAUGUGUCUGAGCAUGCACCAACCCUGGGCUUCCCUUUUAGUUGCUGGUAUCAAACGAGUGGAGGGCAGGACUUGGUACAGCGCUCACAGAGGACGUCUGUGGAUAGCAGCGGCUGCAAAAAGACCUUCCCAGCAGGAGAUCUCUGAGCUAGAAACUUCAUACAAAGUACUGCUUCAGAAAGUAGAUCUUCCAUUUCCCAAGGAUUAUCCUACCGGGUGUAUACUGGGUUGUUUGGAUGUGGUUGAUUGUUUGCCCCAGGAAGAAUUUAAAGAACAGUAUCCAUCUCUGAGCCAGGAAUCUGCCUCUCCAUUUGUCUUCGUCUGCUCCAAUCCGCAAGAAUUGCUCAUUAAAUUUCCUAUUAAAGGACAGCAUAAGAUUUGGAAGCUUGACUCUAAGAUACACCAAGGAGCUAAAAAAGGGUUAAUGACGAGGAGAGAAGGGUCAGGACAGAACACAUUAAAUGCCAAGCGGAGCCCAUCAGGAAACUUAAGAUAAUGCUGUCAACUGAUAGAAUGUGCUACUGUUAAAGUAAUCAGUCUAUAAAAAAAACAAAAACAUUUGUUAAAUCAUAAUUGUCGAGUCAUUAUUAACACAUGAAAAGAAUCGUUGAAAAACUGGUGUCACUUAUUUAUUGAAGUAAAGAAAAUUAUAUACUCAGAUUGUUACUGCAAAUCUCAUAGCAUUCUAUUUGUUGCAUUUAAAUAAGGUCUUCAGAUUAAAGUUUUAAAACAAU